AUGAGACAUAAGAUGGCGAACGAUGGCAACGAAGGAGAAAAUCUUUCAAAAAAUGAUUGCACGGAAGAGAGCAUUGAAUCGUUGAGGAAAGAAGUGGAGAGACUGAAGACCCGUCUGGAAGAGGAGCGCAAAAAGCUAAACGACGUCACCUGUAAGCCAUUUGAACCUGAACUGCCUCCCCUAUCACCACAUCCAUCACAUCCUCUCUAUAACCACCAUUCCUUCCAAUUUUCAUCGGCAGCCGAACGACUCGAUAGUGUAAUCAAUUUGAAUGUGAAGCCGCGGCGGGUGUUGAAAGGACAUCAGGGUAAAGUACUCUGUUCCGACUGGUCCUAUGAUAACAGACAUAUUGUCAGCUCAUCACAAGACGGCAAACUCAUCAUUUGGGACGCGUUUACCACUAAUAAAGAACACGCCAUAACUAUGCCAACCACUUGGGUUAUGGCCUGUGCUUACGGGCCGACCGGCAAUUUGGUUGCCUGCGGAGGUCUGGACAAUAAGGUUACGGUUUAUCCACUGAAUGUUGAGGAAGACGUGGCCACCAAGAAGAAGAAUGUGGGAACUCAUACCUCAUACAUGUCUUGUUGUCUCUUUCCGGGAACAGAUCAACAAAUAUUGACAGGAAGUGGUGACAGCACUUGUGCGCUCUGGGAUGUCGAGUGCGCGUCACUCAUACAGAGCUUUCACGGCCACAGCGGAGAUGUGAUGGCAAUAGAUCUCUCGCCCUCUGAAACGGGAAAUACAUUCGUUUCGACAGGCUGUGAUAGACAAGCGUUGAUAUGGGACCUCCGAAAUGGUCAGUGCGUCCAAUCAUUUGAAGGCCACGACGCGGACAUUAAUUCUGUAAAAUAUUAUCCAAGCGGUGACGCCAUCGCCACCGCAUCCGAUGAUUCCACUUGCCGUUUAUUCGACUUAAGAGCCGAUAGAGAAGUUGCCAUUUAUUCAAAACAAAGCAUAAUAUUUGGUGUGAAUUCAGUAGAUUUCUCGAUUAGCGGUCGACUAUUAUUCGCCGGUUAUAAUGACUAUACAGUGAACGUAUGGGAUACUAUGAAGUGCUGCCGACUCUGUAUUCUCUACGGCCACGAGAAUAGAGUCACUUGUCUUAAGGUGUCCCCCGACGGAACGGCUCUGUCCACGUGUAGUUGGGAUUUCAAUUUAAGGGUGUGGGCCUGAUUUGUAAUUAAUACUAGUUUUUCAAUAUAAAUAAGUUUAGGCUUUGUUUGCGGACUCUCUAACACUUUGUUAGACUCACUGAACAAAUGUUCGGAUCAAUAGAUAAUAGAUGUGAUCGUUUGGGAUCAAUAAGAAUCUGUCGAUCGAUGGAAACAGUGAGCAAACGUUGAUUUUAUAAUAUUCUAUGCAUUCAUUACUUCAAUUCGUAAAUCACCGGAAGAAUAGCUACUAUUGUGACCAAAACUCAGAUCUGAAUUGAUUGCGAGCAAUGGGUGUAAACACAAUACGAUUGAGUGAAUAUAAAUACAUUUCCAAUGAUAAAACGGGACCACAUUAUC